CCGCGCGGGCUGUGGGAGGCGAGGGCAGCGGGGGCUAUGGCUCGGCCCGAUCCGUGCGCGCCGCCCUCGCUGCUCCUGCUGCUCUUGGCGCAGCUGGUGGGCCGGGCGGCGGCCGCUUCCAAGGCCCCUGUGUGCCAGGAAAUCACGGUGCCCAUGUGUCGCGGCAUCGGCUACAACCUGACCCACAUGCCCAACCAGUUCAACCACGACACGCAGGACGAGGCGGGCCUGGAGGUGCACCAGUUCUGGCCGCUGGUGGAGAUCCACUGCUCGCCGGACCUGCGCUUCUUCCUGUGUUCCAUGUACACGCCCAUCUGCCUGCCGGACUACCAUAAGCCGCUGCCGCCCUGCCGCUCCGUGUGCGAGCGCGCCAAGGCCGGCUGCUCGCCGCUCAUGCGCCAGUACGGCUUCGCCUGGCCGGAGCGCAUGAGCUGCGACCGCCUUCCGGUGCUGGGCCGGGACGCCGAGGUCUUGUGCAUGGAUUACAACCGCAGUGAGGCCACUACAGCGCCCCCCAGGCCCUUCCCCGCCAAGCCCACCCUCCCAGGCCCGCCGGGGGUGCCGGCCUCUGGGAGCGAGUGCGCUGCCGGGGGCCCGUCGGUGUGCAAGUGCCGUGAACCCUUCGUGCCCAUUCUGAAGGAAUCGCACCCGCUCUACAACAAGGUACGGACGGGCCAGGUGCCCAACUGCGCGGUGCCGUGCUACCAGCCUUCCUUCAGCCCCGACGAGCGCACGUUCGCCACCUUCUGGAUUGGCCUGUGGUCUGUGCUGUGCUUCAUCUCCACCUCUACCACCGUGGCCACUUUCCUAAUAGACAUGGAACGCUUCCGCUACCCUGAGCGCCCCAUCAUAUUCCUGUCAGCCUGCUACUUGUGCGUGUCGCUAGGCUUCCUGGUGCGCCUGGUCGUGGGCCAUGCCAGCGUCGCCUGCAGCCGCGAGCACAGCCACAUUCACUAUGAGACGACGGGCCCGGCGCUGUGCACUGUCGUCUUCCUGCUGGUCUACUUCUUCGGUAUGGCCAGCUCCAUCUGGUGGGUCAUCCUGUCGCUCACCUGGUUCCUGGCGGCUGGCAUGAAGUGGGGCAAUGAGGCCAUCGCGGGCUAUGCGCAGUAUUUCCACCUGGCCGCGUGGCUCAUCCCGAGCGUCAAGUCCAUCACGGCGCUGGCACUGAGCUCUGUGGACGGGGACCCGGUAGCCGGCAUUUGCUACGUGGGCAACCAGAACCUGAACUCCCUGCGCGGCUUUGUGCUGGGCCCGCUGGUCCUCUAUCUGCUGGUGGGCACGCUCUUCCUCCUGGCGGGCUUCGUGUCGCUCUUCCGCAUCCGUAGCGUCAUCAAGCAGGGAGGCACGAAGACGGACAAGCUGGAGAAGCUCAUGAUCCGCAUCGGCAUCUUCACGCUGCUCUACACGGUGCCCGCCAGCAUCGUUGUGGCCUGCUACCUGUACGAGCAGCACUACCGCGAGAGCUGGGAGGCUGCGCUCACCUGCGCCUGCCCCGGCCCCGACGCCGGCCAGCCGCGCGCCAAGCCCGAGUACUGGGUGCUCAUGCUCAAGUACUUCAUGUGCCUCGUGGUGGGCAUCACGUCGGGCGUCUGGAUUUGGUCCGGCAAGACUGUGGAGUCGUGGCGGCGCUUCACCAGCCGCUGUUGCUGCCGCCCGCGGCGGGGCCACAAGAGCGGCGGCGCCACGGCCACCGCGGACUAUGCCGAGGCGAGCGCAGCGCUCACGGGUAGGACCGGGCCGGUGGGCCCCGCCACGGCCGCCUACCACAAGCAGGUGUCCCUGUCGCACGUGUAGGAGGCGGAGGCCGCGGAAAGCCGGGAGUUGGGGGGGAGGGCGUGUUUUGUUUGGUAGCUUUGCCAAGUUCACUUCCGUUUACCUUCCUGGUGCCGAUGCCCCCUCCUGGGGCAACUUGGAGAGAGGGGAAAGGGGCCGUUCCAAGGGAGCUUCAGUCCCAGGACUUCUCAAAGGGGCUCAGCUCACGUGUAUUCUAUUUUACGUCUCUUACUGCCUUUUUUAGGGGAACCUGUUUUUAAUUUAUAUGUUGUUUUCUUAAUUUUUAACUUUGUUGCAUUUUGGCAGCAAAAUUUAUCUUUGAUUUCGGGGCUUUACAAACCUAAGGUUGGCAUUAUAAUGAAGUUCCACUGGGUUCAGGUUUCUGUGAACUGUGUGGUCUAAAUUGGGAAAAUAUAUUUCCUAUAUUUGUGUCUGUUUAAAAAAAAUGUGAACAGUGAAAGUUGAGGUUGCAUGACUGGGAGGUUGACAAGUGUGCUUUUCAGCUCGUUUCUCCUUCCACUGCUCAAGUGUCCAAGAUGUUUUAAGGUGAGCAGCUUGUCCCUGUUUAUAGGUUCUGAGUUAGGGGAGACCCCAAAUCAUACCAAGGAGGGGGAGCAUAAGGCAGUUAUGGACUCCCAUGAGUGACAAGGUUAGGGAAUAAUCUCCUACUAGUGACUGUGUUCAUCCUAGCUUUAUCGAUUCUCAGUUUCUUUUCUGUCGUAUGUGUCAUAAUUAUCAUUCUUAACAGCACCAGAAUUAUCUUGCACAAGUUAGAGGUAGCAUUAUAGAGUGUCUAGUAUAAAUAUUUGGAAUCGUGAGGACCUAGGGGAUGGUAACUGGUUGAGCUUGAAUUCUACACUGUUAAGAUGGCAGCUUUGUUACACAGAAGGAGUGGGUGUUUCUUAAUAGCCUCAGUGAUCCCAAUUUUUAAAAAAUAAUAACUUGUGUUAUAAUUUUGUUGAAGGUAAACCCACUCCCUUUUUCUGAAAAGGAGCUCCUUUUUAGAUGGAAGGACUAAACGGGAUAAACCUCCAGUGAUAAAUUUCUAACACUUCUCUUAUCUGCUCCACCCCAUCCCACCUCUUUUAUCAUGUUAAACAGUCUUUUUGCUUUUCUUAUUUCUCCUCUCCUGGAGCGCUGUGAUUAGAAACCACACCCACCCUGAAUGAGGUGCGUGAACUGGGGGGAGGGAGGCUGGCUACCUGUGAAUAAACAUUGGCAGCAAUGAGGGAAAAUAAGUGUCCCUGGACUUUGGACUAGCUUGUAGCCAGAUAUUCCCAAAGCAGCAAGACCUUGUUCUCUGCAGUCUCUGAAAACAAAUAAGACCCUCACAAAUAACACACCUGCAUAAGCUUUUAAAGUAGGGAUAGUGAACCGCUACCCUACCUCACUAUAUUUUCCUUUUACUCUUUUUCUGAGGAAGCCUGGAUAUUGAUGCGCACACACAUGUGCAUGCACACACACUGCUGUUAGAGAACUGUUUGCUUACCUAAUCUGUUUAACCAUUCCUUCGUGAAGAGUGUGAGGCUGUGACUGGGGAAGAGAGGGUGACAGUAUCAAUGACCAGGGAUUGGAGAUUAAGUUUAGGGAGCUAAAAUGGCUAAAGCAACUAAAAUUUGAGAAUGCCUCCCUAGAAAACCAGUCUAGACAUUUGUGCUUCAGUUAUACUAAAGUUGGAAAAGUCAGAUUUAAACCCAGGUCAAUUUUCAGUUCAUGGGUGCUAAGUAAACAAAUGCACAGUUCCUGUAGUGGAUUUAAAUGCUUUUCUGGUGGGGGGAAGCCUGGUAUUAUUAGUUUUAAGGACUCUCAAAAGCAAUUCACGUUUAUUAAAAAAUGCACUGCGCUUACACACUCAUGCUUGGAAUCUAAGUUAAAAUUUGAGUGGAUUUGACAAAACCUAAUACACAUAGCUACAGAACUUUUUGCAAAUCUUACUCCUCUACUUAUUCAGAAGCUUCUUAGAACCUUGAAAUAGAUUCCCUUGUCUGAGGGCCAAUCCCUCUCCUGUUUUUCAAGUGAGGAACUUCUCUGAGCACCUUGACCUUUCCCUCAUUUAGUAUGUCUUCCCAGAAGGCACAUAGAUUGUUCUGCUGCCUUCAGUCAAUGUGCUUAAUUUUGGUUGUCCCCUUUCUUCUUUUUCUUUGUGGAGGAAUCUAGAAACGAUGCAUAGUGUAUCUAAAAGUACUGGGAUGAAGUAAUUUCUUUGUUUUAAAGAACUGUUUUUUCAUUUUGGCAACAUACCAAACUUAAAAAGAACAACCAAUUUACCUUUAAAAAAAAAGUUAAGACAAAAAGGGUAUACUAAGCCAAGGAGAGACAAUAUAGGCAAUAUUUUUUGGGGUCUAGUUGCAGACCAGCUUCCAGAGCUACCUGUUUUCAGUCUCUGUUCUCACCCUGACUCCCCCUAACCCCUCAAAAGAUAGAGCCCACCUGCGCCCGUGAAGUCUUACUAAUAUCAGCCACCCCAUCCCCUACGCGCUUAGAGAAGCCAGACCUAUUUAUGGUCAUCCCUAUUACUAUGUGUGUGGCAUGUGUGCACACGCAUACACGCAAGUGCGUGCGCACACAAGAUUUUCCCUAUUUGCAUUUUUAUGAUGCAAAUAAUCCAUACUUAAGAAAACAGUUUUAAAAUGAAAGGUGGUGGAGUGGUUUAGCAACUUUGCCACAGCCAGCUCUGUGAAUUUGCAGAGGCUUUAGGGCCCAGUUUAGUCUCACUUGUACAGCUUCUGGGCUGUCCCUCUCAUGGCUCAGAUUUAAGCAAUGUCACUUGAUAGAUUAGGGGGCAAAGAUUUAAAAGCUUGUCUAAAGGAAUUAAUGUGACCUUUCUGUGAUCAGUUGACCAGAUUUUAGGAAGUCUUUUUUAUUUAUGUUACUAACCUCCUCACAUUUUGAAGUUGUCUAAACUGGCUGAAAAUUAUUUUUCUUGGUGCCUUAUUGGUUUAUCCUUGCAAACCCUUUGUCAUAUCUUCAUGUAACCAUUUCCAGUGUGUGUGUGUUGUGUGUUAAUAGUGUAUGUAUGUACAAGCUUAAAAAAUGUGCCAGCAGCACUGUUUCCAAGUGGUAUUCAUUAGGCUGUUUCCUUCUGGGCCAGGGCUGCACUGAUCCUGACACUGACUGCCAGGAGAAAACCUCAUGGGUCCCACCUUGACCCUCACUAACAGCAGCCAUGACCUGCACUCUGGAGCAUGGGAGGGGAACCCCUGAGCUAGGAAAUAGAGUUAUAUAUUUUAAUUAACUUCUACCCCUGCUAAAGAGGCUUCUUUACCUUUUGUGCUCCACAGAAAGACCAAGGGAGGUAGGAGGGACAAAGCUUUGUGUAACUGCUUCCUAACACCAAAUGUGGCCAACAGGACUGAGGACAUCACAGCUGGAGGCUGGGGUGAGGUGCAGUGGCUGAGAACUCCCUGCGUCCUCUGCCUGCGCUCUCUGCCUCUCAAGUCUAAGUGAUCCUGGGGAAGAAAUGUGCCUAGGUGGGAGGGUGGUUCUGAAAGAGAAGUUAACAAAAACAUUAAAGCAGGAUGAAAGCAGGCAGUUUGUAAAUAACUAAGUAACCUGACUUGGAACUCUCAAAGGCUUCUAACAGCUUGAUGACAAAUACAGGAUUGAUUUCAGCCAGGAUACUGUCUAUGGUUUAUUUUAAGACAAUAUUAUUUUGUGUUGUUACAAACUGUAUGUAUAGUAUGUAUGUGCUGUGGGUGUAUAUAUACAUAAUAUAUAUUAUAUAUAUGAAAGAUUUAGUGACUUUUGAUACGGGUUUGGUGCAGGUGAAUUUAUUACUGAGCCAAAUGAGGCACAUACCGAGUCAGUGGUUUGAGUCCAGGGCAUUCAAUACUUUUUAAUGAUUUCCAUAUAUGUCUAGUGCCUAUCAUGCAAUAUCAUCACUAGCAUGUCCAAUCCAGAACUACCGAAUCAGAGCCAGUGAUAUUUUAUUUGUAGACAAUCAACUUGAAUCUAUAAAUUAUUACUGGUAGAUGAUUAUAAUUCAAAAUCCAUAACAUUAACAAAAGAAAACCCAGAGCAUCUUGGUAAGAAGUUUUGUUUUUGUUUGUUCCUGGGAAUGAGUAGAACAGCAGUUGUGGUUGGUUAUGUUAGUCUCAAAUACUUAAUUUGCUGACAUUAUUUCAGAAAAAAAUUUGUAUGUAUUUGUGGGAAGGUAAAAUAAUGAUUUGAGAUUUUUAUCAAAUACAGAGUAGUUAUUUAUGACAAAGAAAUGUCUAUUUUUGUUUCUUUGUUCCCACUUACUGUAGAUAAAUUUUAAAGUGCAUUAAAGCAAUGAUAAAGAAAAUAAAAA